AUGACACAGAUAUUACCGACAUACGCAGACGCGGGACAAGAUUUUAAUGGGAUCUCAAGCGUAUACUACUCAUCAGCUUGGUACCAAUGCAGCGGACCUCAGCCUGCAAAUUAUAUAGGCUACGCAGUAACAGUGAUGAAAUCACCUCCUUCGGCAUCACAAGUAAUCGGCGACUUCGGAAAAAAUCAAAUCAUCAACAUGUCGUCCAUUCCAGAAAAUGAUAGAGAUGGCGGAAUAUUGGUGCUAACAGUGGAAAAGAGCUCCUUGAAAGAUAUCACCAACGGGGUUUUGUCGUACAUCGACCAGGUGUCGUGUUACACGCCUGUGCAGAAAUGUCGCCAAUCUUAUAAGAAUACAUCGAUAAAUUCAUUUUGUCUUGUGAUACUGAAUCCAAUCGAGGAAAUCGUUUACUUUCAGGUUUCACUAAGAUUUUCGAUGAUGUCAUCCAUCUCGGAAAGCAGUUCGAAACUAUCACUCGACGACAUUGAUAACUUGAAAGGUUUGAUGGCUAUACUUCUCAUAUUUUCGGCGUUUUUUAUUGCAUGCAUUAUCGCUAUCGGAACGUGUUUGUACAGAAGAUUUAGGCGCACACAGGGUGUGCAUCUGGAAUAA